GCGGGGCGAGGCGAAACCGGGCCGAGGCCCAAGGGGGCGUGGCGCGGCGCGGCGCGGGGCAGUGUGGGGCGGGGGCGGAACGCAGCCCUGUCGCGGGUCGCACCCUGUGUCAGCAAGCGGAGUGUGUGCUCUGGCGGGACAUGGCGGGCUGUGCAGCCCGACGGGCCCUGACCGUGGGCAGCCGCUGGUGGUCCCGGUCACUGACCGGGGCUCGGGGGUCGAGGCCGCUCUGUGCGGCGGGUGGAGCUGGGGCCUUCCCGCCAGCGGCAAACACGACGACACGGAGGCACCUCUCGUCCCGAAACCGACCGGAGGGCAAAGUUUUGGAGACAGUCGGUGUGUUUGAGGUGCCAAAACAGAAUGGAAAAUAUGAGACUGGACAGCUUUUUCUUCACAGUGUUUUUGGCUACCGAGGUGUCGUCCUGUUUCCCUGGCAGGCUAGACUGUACGACCGGGAUGUGGCUUCUGCAGCUCCAGAAAAAGCAGAGAACCCUGCUGGCCAUGGCUCCAAGGAAGUUAAAGGCAAAACCCACACUUACUAUCAGGUGCUGAUCGAUGCCCGAGACUGUCCACAUAUAUCCCAGAGAUCUCAGACAGAAGCUGUGACUUUCCUAGCUAACCAUGAUGACAGCCGGGCCCUCUAUGCUAUCCCAGGCCUGGACUAUGUCAGCCAUGAAGACAUCCUCCCGUAUACCUCCACUGAUCAGGUUCCCAUCCAACACGAGCUCUUUGAAAGAUUUCUUCUCUACGACCAGACAAAAGCGCCCCCUUUUGUGGCUCGGGAGACACUACGGGCCUGGCAGGAGAAGAAUCACCCCUGGCUGGAGCUCUCUGAUGUCCACCGUGAAACAACCGAGAACAUCCGCGUCACUGUCAUCCCCUUCUACAUGGGCAUGAGGGAAGCCCAGAACUCCCACGUCUACUGGUGGCGCUACUGUAUCCGCUUGGAGAACCUCGACAGUGAUGUGGUCCAGCUCCGGGAGCGGCACUGGAGAAUAUUCAGUCUGUCUGGCACCUUGGAGACAGUGCGAGGCCGAGGGGUGGUGGGCAGGGAACCAGUGUUAUCUAAGGAGCAGCCCGCAUUCCAAUACAGUAGCCACGUCUCCCUGCAGGCUUCCAGUGGGCACAUGUGGGGCACCUUCCGCUUUGAGAGACCUGAUGGCUCCCACUUUGAUGUCCGGAUCCCUCCUUUCUCCCUGGAAAGCAAUAAAGAUGAGAAGACACCGCCCUCAGGCCUUCACUGGUAGGCCCAGGCUUGGCCCUUGGAAAGAGAGCCCUCAUCCCACAGUUGCUGCAGAACUCUUCUCUCUCCUCAUCACGAGCCACAGUGGGUGUCAUCAUCAUUUGCACCAUAUGUGAGUUUUUGUGGGGAGGUAGCAUUUCUCCAGAAGAUUCACAUAGGACUUCUCCGAGACUGGCAUCCCUAUAAGCUCCGCCUACACUGUGUUCCGUAACCUUCCCACCAGGAACUUUUUGUUUAGCUGCCACAGGCUUGGAGGAAUCUUUGCUGGUGGUUUGGUCAAUAAACCAGUGUACACCUGGCCAUCCUAGCCAUUUGUUCCCAGGUCUCAGGCUCCCCUUCUGACCC